UUGUCGAGCUUAAAAACUAUCAUAAUUGUUUGUUCAAUGAUUGAACUUCAAUCAUCGGACAACAUAUCUCAACAGAUUAAAGAGAUUUCUAUGUAAACAGUCAAGUUCCCCUCUGGUGUUAGAGUCUGCUUCAUUAACAAAUUAAUCAUUGUGCCUUGAAAUAUGUUUAAACCGUUAUUUAGUUAACAUGUUUUUGAUCUAUGAUCGUGUAUUUACUACAUUAACACGCAAUCUUAAUUCAUAAUUGAAAUUACAAUUACAAAGCAAGAAUCUUAGCUGGUUUAUUGUGUUUUUCAUUUUGUUUAAAAAAUCAACGGAACAGUACGUUUCUAUUCAAUAACCAAUGUCUACAAGCCAGGCCAUAAAAUGUGCUGUUUUCUGGGACAUUGAAAACGUACCAGUUCCAAAAGGUACUAUACCAACUGAUUUUGUCAAAAAGAUAAGACGUCUGAUCAGCGAUAAUUCAUGGUUGGAGACUAAUUUUUUCAUUGUUUGUGAUGUAUUGAAUUUUGACAGAGCUGGUGCACUCAGACAUCUUCAUCUAGAUGGUUUAACCAUUAUCCAUGUGCCUUUAAAUGUGAAAAAUGCCGCUGACGAUAAAAUAAAGGAACUUCUGACUCGUUUUGUUGAUGAUGCUGGAGAUUCAAAUGUUUCUGUCAUUUUAUUGACUGGUGAUGCAGACUUUGCUUCUACCUCAAGGACUCUUAAACGACGUAACAAUGUAACUAUCUACUUAAUACACAACGACAAUGCCGCCAAAUGUUUGAUUGAGAGUGUAGACAAAGCUUUUCAUGUCAACAAUUUUGCUAUCAUCAAUAGUAAACCAUACACGAAUCGUAAACCUUAUAAAGCACCUCUUUGCUAUGACCCUUGGCUUGUUCGGGUAACUGGUCACCCCCAAAAUGUCCGAAGUGCUUUGAUCGCAUUUGAUUUCAAGAAGGUGGCCCAGGAACGCAAUGGAAAAUUUGUUGAAAAUCAAAGAGGUGUUGCCAUAUGGUUAAGUUUCAACUCUAAAUCAGAUGCCAUUGCAAUAGCAAAUAAAUUAAAUGGACUAUCUUACCGAGGACACACAUUGAGUACAAGUAUUGAAGAAUCUAGAUUAACGAUAAAUCGAGACAGACCAACACUAAACCAAAUCGCCUUAGAAGUUGACAAGGAAAAUACCAGGAGUCGCCAAAGAAAUCCAAGCUCCGAGAGCAUUGUCGCUCCGUGCUGUUGCCUACUUUGAUUAUUUUUGCAAUACAAGAGGACGCAUUACACUAAUUUACUAUUCAGAGUCAUAUUUUAUCCUAACCAAAGUGAAAUUUUGCCUUUUCAUUCUAAUCGCGGACUCAUCUCAUUUUACACGACUUUCUAAUGUGAAACAAAGUUGAACUGCUCUCAAUCCACGACAAUUCAAAUCCAUUUUUACGAAUUCGGUCAUUUGUGCUUCUAGUAUAUUAUUUUGAUUAAAUUUGAUUUGCAAAUAAACCAUAACUAUUCAUUACCAA